UUUUCCAGCUGGCUGGCCGCUUUCGGAGAUGUGAUGACUGGAGGCUUUGCUGGCUGGACUCUGAUGAUCUGGACAGUUCCAUUGUGCUGGACGCUCAGGCCGCUGCUGUUGCCAGCGUAUAAAAGGGGCCCUGGAGGCAAACAGACCACAAGCUCUAGCAAGACUCUCCAGCAAGAAGCAACUCAGAUUUUCUCUGCAAACCUCAAGAUGUCUCAGACCCCCAAGUCAGCUGCCAGCCAGGGCACCCCUGCACCCAACCCUGCCAGCAAGGCCACCAAGACUGGGGAGCCCAGCAUGGGGUCCUACAAGAUGAUCGUCUACGAACAGGAGAACUUCCAGGGCCGUCACAUGGAGUUCCAGAACGAGUGUGUGAACCUGUGUGACCGCGGCUUCGACAGAGUGCGCAGCGUGCGCAUCGAGUGUGGGCCCUGGGUUGCCUUCGAGCAGAAUAAUUUCCGCGGGGAGAUGUUUAUCCUGGAGAAGGGAGAGUAUCCUCGCUGGGACAGCUGGUCCAACAGCUACAGGAGCGACUACAUCAUGUCCUUCCGCCCACUCCGCAUGGACAACCAGGAGCACAAGAUCUGCCUGUUUGAGUCCACUGACUUCAAGGGAAACACGAUGGAGAUCCACGAGGACGACGUGCCCAGCCUGUGGGCCUAUGGGUUCUGUGACCGAGUGGGCAGCGUGAAGGUGCCCGGAGGAACCUGGGUGGGCUACCAGUACCCCGGCUACAGAGGGUACCAGUACCUGUUUGAGUGUGGAGACUACAGGCACUGGAACGAGUGGUGCGCCUUCCAGCCCCAGAUCCAGUCCAUGCGCCGCGUCCGUGACAUGCAGUGGCACCAGAAGGGCUGCUUCAACUUCACCAUGGCCACCAAGUGAGCACUGCCCCCUGCUGGCACCUCAGACUCAACGGCUCUCAGAGAUCAACAGAACUACCAACCGGCCAGCCAGCCAGCAGCCAGCCAGCAGCCAUUGCAGCUUUCCUUUUAUUUCAAACAUAAUUAUAGCUUGUAAUGAGAAAACGGCGGCGCUGUUAUAACAGAUCAUUCUGUGAGCACUUGAGAUUUUAUUUAUUUUGUGAUGCAAAUAAAAUGCUUUUAUUGAACGGA